AACAGUGAGGAGAGGACGCGCCCAGAAUCGCUCCGCAGAGAGGCCUGCGUUUUAGCUUCGAUCUCGCGCCCUCUUGUUUUUUCUUUCAUUUAUAUUAUUCGUGUUUAUUUUGAUACUUUGUUGCGAGUUUGUAAUAAUCGAGGUUUUGGUAUAUAUUUGUUCUGAAGAAAUCAGUAAGCGGUAUUUGCGUGCGAUAUAUGUAUGUAUUUUGUUUCAAUUUUUUUCGGAAAUUUGUCAAAGUAACUGAGCGAAAUUUGAAUUUUCGUCGAUAUUUCAAAAUUCUUCAAGAUAAACAAAAGGUAGUUGAUACCAACGUACCUCGACGAACGGCAACAUAAACAACAAAAGGAAUAAAGCUAAAUAGGCCUAAAGAAAAAACCCUCGGGGAAGAUAUAUAUAAAAAAGGAACAUUAAAAAAAUAUAUAAUAAUAUAUACAAAAAGACGCACAAGAGGAAUACAAAAGAGAAAACGAAACACAAGAGAACCGAGACAGAAGACGAAAAGGCAAACGCCCUUCAACACCUUGAAAUAAACCCCCCCAAAAACCCAUCAAACUGGCGCAGGAAAAGUACUUAGAGAAGCCGGACAUGUCGAACAAGGUGGUCGAGAUGCUGCAGUCCAGAUUGAGGCUCAGGAACCCCAUGUUUCGAGAAUUUCUGGCGGAAUUUCUCGGCACCUUCAUCCUGGUGAUCUUCGGCGACGGUUCCGUAGCGCAGAAGGUCCUAACCAACAACGCCAACGGGGACUUCUUCUCGGUCAACUGGGGCUGGGGAGUGGCCGUGACCUUGGGCGUCCUCGUGUCAGGAGGGGUCAGCGGAGGUCACAUCAACCCCGCCGUGACCGUGGCCAUGGCUGUGUGGGGCAAGCAUCCCUGGGUCAAAGUGCCGGUGUUUGUUAUUGCCCAGUACCUCGGGGCAUUCCUGGCGUCGUCGGUGCUCUACGCAGUUUACUUGAACGCCUUGGACGCCUUCGAGGCGGAGCGCACCCUGGCGACGGCGGGCAUCUUCGCCACGUACCCCGGGGCGAUGACGGCUGCCAACGGGACGGUCGUGACGGACUUCCUUUCGAAUGGCAACGGAAUGGGCGAUCAGGUGGUGGGCACGAUGCUGCUGCUGAUCUGCGUGUGCGCCAUCACGGACCCGCGCAACAUGGAGGUCCCUAAGGCGCUGAUUCCUCUCUUCGUGGGUUUCACCGUCCUCAACAUCGGCGUGUGCUUCGGCUUCAACUGCGGCUAUGCUCUCAACCCCGCCAGGGAUCUCGCCCCGCGCUUCUUCACGCUCAUCGCGGGCUGGGGCGAGCAGACCUUCACCGCUGCCACCUUCGAAGGCAUCGCCUGGUGGUGGGUGCCCCUCCUGGCUCCCCACAUCGGCGCCGUGAUAGGCGUGGGCGUCUACCUCCUCCUGGUCGAGCUGCACCACCCAGAGGCCCAGGAGUUCUCCCUCCCACACGUCCACCCGUCCCAGGAUACUGUGGCUAAUUACAGUGUAGUCCCACUCCAGCCAAUGGGAAAUUCAAGGUUGCUCCAAGAACAGGACUCAAAGACUGUGGAACUCGAGAGCGACUAAGGAGGAGUAAUAUCACGGACUUGUGUAACACUUUCAUCACAUCAUCACAAACAGCCUCGUCCAAAUUCUGAGGAUUCGACCACGCCCACGUACUAGCGCCGGUGCCACGCCCCUUCCUCGCAGUGUGCCACGCCUCCCCCCUUCCCUACCAACCGCGCACCUGCAGCACCUGUUCUCACACCUGUCAAGAGGGAAAGGAACCGUGUCACGUGACCUUGUAAUGUGCCACGUGGACAGUGUGAAAAUUAUUCUCUGAAUUAUUGAUACUGUUAUUGUUAUCAUUAUUAUUAUUGAUAUUAUUAUCACUAUUAUUAUUUUAUUUUUAUUAUUACAACUACUGUUAUCUUUAUCAUUAUCAAUGUUAUCGUUUUCAUCAUUAUUAUUAUUAACAGUAAUAUUAUUACAUAUUAAUAUUAAUAUAAUUAUUCACAAGGGAAUUCCGUCAUGAUUCUCCAACACAGGCGUUCUGGCCGCGAAGGCAAGGGUCGGCACACUAUGUACUGUACGCUACGUUUAUGUUAUUUCGCGCACAUUAUUAUAGUUGUUUAAGUUUAUAAGAAUGAUUUCCGAAUACACACUUCUCCAGGUGUUCGUUGCUUGGGAAAACCUGUAUGCAUUCCCUCCUUUUGAGUUUAAGUAAAGAAAAAGUUUAUUUGAUAUAUUAUAUAUGAGAUGAAUUUACAGUGUAUAUAUCCGUAUACACAUACAUACCUAUGU